GCUAAUUACCACACAGCUCUUGAGCUGAAUCACUUCAGAUUGAAUCACAUGGUGGAGCAGGGAAAGAACUAAGCUACACAGGGCUUCAGGCCUCCAGGACUGGAGUUGGGCACCCCUGAUGUAGGAGGAAGAAUGCUGCAGCACAAAUGUCUCCCUGCCUAUUGUAAAGCAGACGAAGGGGUCAUAAGUGUCCAGAAAGCUAACUACGGCUGCACAGAUAGUCAUGUCUGUGCCUCUAACCCCCAGAAGGUGGCCAGUGUGACUUGUACAGAAGCAACAACCACUUCUGUCCUCUCCCAGAGCUGUAACGGGAGGUCGAUGUGUGAAGUGACCGUGUCUCCUGCACUCUUUUCGGACCCCUGUCAGGGCACCUCCAAAUACCUGAACUCCUCGUACGUCUGCCUUCCUGCCAAAACCAGCAUAACCUGUCAGCACUCAUCUGAUAUACUUGACUGUGGAACAGAUGUCAUUAAAGUCCUUCAUACUAAUUAUGGACGGAGAGACACGACGACUUGCUCUGUUGGGCGGCCACCUAAAGAGGUGAUGGACGACAACUGCUUCCUGUCGGUCACCGCUGCAAUAUCAGACAGAUGCAAUGGGAAGUCAAAGUGCUCAGUGACACCUGAUGACUUCUCAACCGACCCCUGUUAUGGCAGUUUUAAAUACCUUGAGGUGUCAUAUGGCUGCCUUGCUUCCAGGAAGAGCAUCACUUGUGGCGGCCCCUAUGGUUCUAUCAGCUGCGAGAAUGAUCUCAUUAGGAUCUACGAUGCUUUCUAUGGGCAGAUGAGCCCCACCAUUUGCUCUAAUGGUCGUCCUGAGUCACAGCUGACCAACACUAACUGCGCACUGGCUAAUGUUGUUGACAUUGUAUCUAAAGGGUGUAACGACAGAACCAGCUGUGACCUUGCAUUCGCUUUCACAGAUCCAUGUUUUGGAACCUACAAAUAUCUUGAAGUAUCGUACGGAUGCAUUGAAACUUGCCAGUCAAGUUUGGACUGCUCCACAGCCCUUACAAAUGCUUCAGUGGACGGCCGGCAGGGAAUAGGCUGCCAUCAUUCCACGACAGGAGUCACAAGCACCUUUUCAAGCUCCUCCAGAAACAGCUUCCUCUCCUUCUUCUGCCUUGCCUUCCAGUUGGGAUUUAGUUCACUGCAUACUGUUGUAAUGCAGUUGUAGCUGGAGACAUCAGUGAUGCUGGAAGAUAUCCAAGGAGCCAGCAAGCCAUCUUCCUCUUGUCUGU